GAGACCUUUCAUUUUAGUUCAUCAACUUCAAAUAAUACUACUAAAACAAUGGUUUCUCUCAAAGCUCUCUCAACUGUCUUUUUUCUUUUAGUCGGCGUUGGCAUUUGCUACGCCACUAGCCGGAAUCUCUUAACAUACGGCGAAAUUCCGUCUGGUCAUGGUGGUGGAGGUGGUGGAGGCCACGGAGGUGGUGAAGGCUAUGGAGUGAUUGGUGGUGGUUAUGGUGGCGGUAGUGGAGAGGGUGGUGGUGGUGGAUAUGGAGGAGUUGAAGGGUAUGCCGGUGGUGGUGGUGGUGGUCAUGGUGGAGGAGGUGGUGGAGCUUCUUCUUCCGGUGGAUACGCUAGUGGAGGUGGAGAAGGAGGUGGUGGCGGUUACGGUGGAGCAACUGGUGGAUAUGGUGGUCAUGCUGGUGGUGGUGGUCAUGGUGGAGGCGGUGGUGGAGCUUCUUCUUCCGGUGGGUAUGCUAGCGGAGGAGGAGAAGGUGGAGGUGGUGGUUACGGUGGAGCAGCUGGUGGUUAUGGUGGACAUGCUGGUGGUGGUGGUCAUGGUGGAGGCGGUGGUGGAGCUUCUUCUUCCGGUGGGUAUGCUAGCGGAGGAGGAGAAGGUGGAGGUGGUGGUUACGGUGGAGCAGCUGGUGGUUAUGGUGGACAUGCUGGUGGCGGUGGAGGUAGUGGUGGUGGUGGAGGAGCUGCUUACGGUGGUGGAGGAGAUCAUGCUAGCGGUUAUGGAAGUGGUGGUGGUGAAGGAGCUGGUGGUGUAAUUGGUGGUCAUGCUGGUGGGGGAGGUGGUGGAAGCGGAGGCGGUGGAGGAUCAGCUUACGGUGGUGGAGGUGAGCAUGCUAGUGGUUACGGAAGUGGAGCUGGUGAAGGUGGCGGCGUGGGUGGAGGUGAGUAUGGAGGUGCUGCUGGAGGUGGAGGUGGUCAUGGAGGUGGAGGAUCAGCAAGUGGAGGGUCUUAUGGUGGUAGUUCUUAUGGAGGCGGCGAAGGAGGAGGAGCCGGAGGUGGGUCAGUAGCCGGAGGCUAUGGAGGUGGUGGUGGUGGAGGAAGUGGCGGAGGAGGAGCUUACAGCAGAGGUGGAGCUCAUGGGGGUGGUUAUGGAAGUGGUGGUGGUGAAGGAGGUGGUUAUGGUGGUGAAGCAGGAGGAUAUGGCAGUGGUGGUGGAGGAGGUUCAGGUGGAGGCGGCAGCCAAUAUGGUGGUGCUUACGGUGGUGGUGGUUCAGGCGGUGGACACGGGGGUGGUGGCUAUGCUCCAUGAAGACACCAACUCAAAGUAAAACAAACAAAAAAGCUGGAAAUUAAAUGAUGAUUUGUAUCCAUUUUGGUUGAAAAUGCUUUGGUUGAAAGCAUUUUGUAUCCAUUAUUGAAAAUUGUAUUUCCUAAUAACUGAAUAUUAAUUCUCUUCCAAUUUA